GUGUUCCCCAAGGAGAUGAGGGGGGGGGCUGCGGAGGGCCCCCGGCCCAAGGAAGAGCUGCUGCCGCUGGCCCGGGACUUCAUCAACCAGUACUACGGCUCCAUCAGACGCUUGGAGUCCAAGGCCCACAUCCAGCGCCUCCAGGAGGUGGAGCGGGCGAUCUCGGAGACGGGCACCUACCAGCUGCUAGAGGCAGAGCUCAUUUUCGGGGCCAAGCACGCCUGGCGAAACGCACCCCGCUGCGUGGGCCGAAUCCAGUGGAGCAAGCUGCAGGUGUUUGAUGCGCGCGAUUGCACAAGCGUCCAGGAGAUGUUCACCUCUUUGUGUACUCACAUCCACUACGCAACCAACCGCGGCAACCUCCGGUCAGCCAUCACCAUCUUCCCGCCGAGGGUCGCUGGCCGUGGAGACUUCCGGAUCUGGAACAGCCAGUUGAUCCGCUACGCUGGCUAUCAGCAGCCGGACGGCACCGUGCUGGGUGACCCGGCCAACAAUUUCCGAACCCAGCUCUGCAUUCAGUAUGGCUGGACCCCACCCUACACCCGCUUUGAUGUCCUCCCCCUGCUGCUGCAGUGCCCCGACGAAGACCCCGAACUCUUUCCUCUGCCCCCUGAACUGGUCCUGGAGGUGCCGAUCAGCCAUCCCGCGCUGGAAUGGUUCCAGGAGCUGGGCCUGCGCUGGUACGCCCUGCCUGCCGUCUCCAACAUGCUGCUGGAGAUUGGGGGGCUGGAGUUCCCAGCAGCCCCCUUCAGCGGCUGGUACAUGAGCAGCGAGAUCGGCAUGAGGAACUUCUGCGACCCCCACCGCUACAACCUCUUGCAGGAGGUGGGCCAGCGCAUGGGGCUGGACACGCGGACGACCUUAUCCCUCUGGAAGGACAAGGCUGCGGUGGAGAUAAACCUGGCUGUCCUGCACAGCUUCCAGCUGGCCAAGGUGACCAUGGUGGACCACCACGCGGCGACCGAGUCCUUCAUGAAGCACCUGGAGAACGAGCAGCGGAUGCGAGGGGGGUGCCCGGCGGACUGGGUCUGGCUCGUGCCCCCCAUCUCUGGCAGCCUCACGCCCGUCUUCCACCAAGAGAUGGUCAACUACCACCUCUCCCCUGGCUUCUGGUACCAGCCUGACGCUUGGAAGGUCUACACCCCCAAAGGAACCACCAUCACCCGGAAGAAGACCUUCAAGGAGAUAGCCAAUGCGGUCAAGAUCACAGCGAAGCUGAUGGGGCACGUGAUGGCCCGCCGUGUCAAGGCCACCAUCCUGUAUGCCACAGAGACUGGCAAAUCCUGCGCCUAUGCCCAGAGCCUGGAGCAGCUCUUCAAGUUUGCCUUCGAUCCCAAGGUGCUGUGCAUGGAUGAAUAUGACGUGGUUUCCCUGGAGCACGAGACCCUUGUCUUGGUGGUGACCAGCACAUUUGGAAGUGGGGACCCCCCAGAGAACGGAGAGAAUUUUGCAAAUGCCUUGAUGGAGAUGUCCUGCCCCCUCCUGGGCAGCCCCCACUCUCCACCCCCCAGGAGCUACAAGAUGCGCUUCAACAGCGUCUCACAGUCUGACCAGCUGGUGGCCGCUUGGAGGAGGAAACGGAAGGAGUCCAGCAACACGGACAGCGCCGGGGCCCUGGGGACCCUUCGCUUCGCUGUCUUUGGGCUCGGCUCCCGGGCCUACCCGCACUUCUGUGCCUUUGCCCACGCUGUGGACACGCGCCUGGAGGAGCUGGGAGGCGAGCGGAUCCUGCCCAUGGGCGAGGGGGAUGAGCUCUGUGCCCAAGAGGAGUCCUUCCGGACCUGGGCCAAGAACGUCUUCAAGGCAGCCUGCGACACCUUCUGCGUCGGGGACAAUGCUGAGGCAGCCGCCAAGGAGGUCUUCACCACCCGCUGCAGCUGGAAGCACCACCGGUACCGCUUGUCCGUCCACGAAAGCCCCCCGGACCUACUGGCAGGUUUGUCACACAUCCACAAGCGGAAGGUGGUGCCGUGCCACGUUCUCUCCGUCCAGAAUUUGCAGAGCCCGGAGUCCAGCCGAUCCACCAUCCUCGUCAAGUUGCUCACAGGAGACCAGCCAGAACUGCAGUACCAGCCGGGCGACCACGUGGGCAUCUUCCCUGCCAAUCGCGCGGAGUUGGUGGAGGGGCUCUUGGAGCGUGUCGAGGAUCCGCCCCCUGCCAGUGAGACCAUUUCCGUGGAGACCUUGGAGACGGAGAGCAAUGGUGGGUUCCCAGGGCCCAGGCGCUUGUGGGUCCCCGAGGGCCGCCUGCCCCCCUGCACGCUGCAGCAGGCCCUCACCUUCUUCCUGGACAUCACGACCCCGCCCAGCCCCCAGCUCCUGCAGCUCCUGGCCACCCUGGCCGAAGACCCCGCCCAGCAGAAGCAGCUCCAGCAGCUCAGCCAGGACUCUCGCCUCUACGAGGAGUGGAAGUGGUUCCGCUGCCCCACGAUGGUGGAGCUCCUGGAGGACUUCCCCUCGGUCGCCCUGCCGGCUUCCCUGCUCCUCACCCAGCUGCCCCUCCUGCAGCCCCGCUACUACUCCAUCAGCUCCUCGCCGGGGGCCCACCCGGGGCAGGUCCACCUCACAGUCGCCGUGCUCAGCUACCACAGCAAAGAUGGGAAGGGUCCCCUGCACCAUGGAGUCUGCUCUACGUGGCUUUCCCAGCUGGCACCUGGGGAGAUGGUGCCAAUUUUUGUCCGAGGGGCCCCAAACUUCCGCUUGCCAGAAGACCCAUCAGCCCCCUGCAUCCUCGUGGGGCCUGGCACUGGCAUUGCCCCCUUCCGGAGUUUCUGGCAACACCGGCUGCACCUCUUGGAGUCCCAAGGCCUCCUCCCCAGCGAGAUGACCCUCGUCUUUGGCUGCCGCUGCUCCCGCCACGACCAGAUCUACAAGGAGGAGAUCCAGGAGGCCCAGCAGAAGGGGGCCGUCAGCCGAGUCCUCACCGCCUUCUCCCGUUCCCCCCCACCCCCCCAGACCUACGUGCAAGACUUGUUGAGGACGCAGCUGGCAGGGCAGGUCUGGGAGGUGUUGUGCCAACGAGGCGGCCACAUGUACAUCUGCGGCGAUGUCACCAUGGCCACGGGGGUCCUGCAAACCGUCCAGCAGAUCCUGGCCACGGAAGGGAACAUGUCGCUAACGGAGGCGGGUGAUGCCAUCAGCGAGCUCCGGGACCAGAACCACUACCACGAGGACAUCUUCGGCCUGACGUUCCGUGCCCAGGAGGUGGCCUCGCGCAUCCGCAGCCAGUCCUUCUCUGUCCAAGUGCGGAAGAUGGCGCUGGGCCCUGAUCCGUGAGCAGCUGCUCUGUCUGCGCUCCUGAGUCCUGCCCCCCCCUUGCA